AGCAGCGAGCGCAGGCAGCCCUGGAAUUCUUGUAGAGGAUAUUUGAUCCCCCAUACUAUAUAUCUAUGACAACUGUUGUCUUAAGGACUGGGGAUAAUGGCCAAUAAGAAGACAGUCAUUGUAACAGGUUUUGAGCCUUUUGGAGAGCAUGCAGUGAACUCCAGUUGGGUGGCAGUGCAGGAACUGGAGCAAUUAGGGCUGGGUGAGACAGUAGACCUUUAUGUGUAUGAGGUGCCUGUUGAAUACCAGGCUGUUCGGAGUCUACUGCUAUCACUGUGGAAUCAACACAAGCCACAGGUAUUCAAGGAAUUACAAAAUACCUUAGCAGUCCAUGUUGGUGUUUCUGGUUCAGCUACCGCAGUCACUCUGGAGCAGUACGGCCACAACAACGGUUACAAACGUCCGGACAACCGCGCCUUCAGCCCAGCCUCACAGUGUUGCAUCGAGAAUGGCCCCGACUGCAUAAGCUCAGUCCUGGACAUGGAUACAGUCUGCAAAAGGGUCAGUGACUCUGACAUUGGGGUGGCUGUGUCUGUAUCCAAUGAUGCUGGAAGCUAUUUGUGUGACUACACCUACUACAUGUCUCUGUACCGGGGGGAGGGCCACUCUGCCUUCGUCCAUGUGCCUCCACUGGAAAAACCCUACUGCAGCAAGGACCUGGGUAGAGCCCUUCAGGCUGUCAUACAGGAGAUGCUGAACCUGCUGGAGCGGGAUUGUGCCUAGGAGGAGUGCAAACACAAUGAGCACUGCAAUCACAAGCAUCAACACCAGCCUUACCACUAAUGACUGUCUCACAACCUGAGCAGACUCAUAGAAUCAGCUAAGCAAAAUGGACCACUGGCUAUUAGUAAUGGUUUAAUCAAUGUAACCUCUUAAGCACAUUUUGAUUUAGUUGUGCGGCUUAGCAAAUUUACAAACUCUGACUUACAACCUAAAGAAAUUUAAAGAUUCACACCAAUAAUACUUUGUUUAUCUCAGGGAAUAUAUUGCACGUGCAAUCGGUAUUUGCAAUUUGAUUAAUUUAAUGUGUCUGUCCUAUGUAUGUAGUGCAGCUUUGCACAGCAAAGCCAGCUUAAAUCUGUGUAUAAUUAAAACACUUCACUCAGGCUUUGUUUUAUUUGCCCUGCUCUAAAAUCUUUAGUCGGAUGUUAUAUUUGAAUAUUGCAGCAGCAUUUCUGCACUUGAACUGCUUUGUAAACUGUACUUCUUUUGUUACUGACAUCUACAAUACAUGUUGACAUUCCAUUUCUUUCCUCAGUUCCUCCUUUUAUUUGUGACCUAGUAACCUACUGUAGGAAAACAAAUUAGGUAGCAUUAAGGAUCUCCUUCUGAUACGAAUCACAAUAGCGUUUUUUUCUUCCUCCCAUUAUUAUUGUAGCGACAGCCAGGGCAUGUGGUUACCUAACAGAUGACGUAAAAAUAUAUCCUAGAGAAUACAUAAAUGUAAAGUCUUAACAGCUUCCCUAUUCUUUGAGUAUACUUUUUUUUGGUUUAAUUUUCCAAAACAAACAAAAAAUGAUAAUAAUUUGGCUAUUUAGAUUCAUGAAUAUACCCUCUAGGCAUCAAUAAAAUUUGAACUAUAAUUUUGGGAUUUUUUUAAAGAAUGCUUGGGAGGGAUAAAAUCAGUAAUAAGGAAUGUUUCUUUCACCUUUCUACUGUUCAUAUCUUAAAUAUACAUGCUAAUGUUGUUUGGCUUUAUAUGUUACACAGAGAACCACACCUAUAAUAAGGUAAGCAGCUUCAUAAAAUAUUUUUACAAGCCUCAUCUGAUUCCUCUCAGUGGGCUGAAUUCACUUGAGGAAGCAAAGAAUGAGAAAAGAUCCUAACUGCAAACUCUAAUCUCUGUCAAGACUGCAAUUUAUGAUUUCUUUUUGCCAUGGCAGAAUGGC